UCCGCUCGACGUGUGCUGCAGAAUCAGUCGAACGCCGUUCGCGCACACGAUAAGUCACGUGCUCAAACUAGCUCCGCUAGCCCGGUCCAGCACUUUGUCUCUAGCAACUUGCAACUUGCUGCCAGUUCAACUAGCAACACGCAACACUCGCCCAGCAACAUCAGCACUACAGCUACAGUGUCAAGUGCGCAGGAGCAGCAAAUAAACAGUAGCAAACAAACGAGCACACAAUGGAUCACAACAUGCACGUGAACGCGCCGUCGCUGCAUCAUUGGGGCUAUGCCGCCGGACCCGGAGUGGUCAUGCCGGUUGGCGGCACCACCACCGUGGGUGGCACGCCCAGCCAGAGCCACUGGGUGCCGCCGCCGCAGAGCCACCACAGCGCCCACAGCAACCACAGUCACGGACACGGCCAGAGUCAUAGCCACGGACACGGCAGCCUCAAGCGGACGCUCUCCGAGAGCGACUGCGACGAUCUCUACUCCGAGGAGUCCUCCAAAGAACAAAUAUCGCCCAGUGAACCGGGCAGCUGCCAACUGAUGAGCCGCAAGAAGCGUCGCGGAGUGAUCGAGAAGAAGCGCAGGGAUCGAAUCAACUCCUCGUUGACGGAGCUGAAACGCCUGGUGCCCUCCGCCUACGAGAAGCAGGGAUCCGCCAAGCUGGAGAAGGCAGAGAUCCUUCAGCUGACCGUGGAACAUCUGAAGAACUUGCAAUCGAAAACUCUCGACUCGCUGAGCUAUGACCCGCAGCGCGUGGCCAUGGACUACCACAUCAUCGGGUUCCGCGAGUGCGCCGCCGAGGUGGCCCGCUACCUGGUCACCAUCGAGGGCAUGGACAUCCAGGAUCCGCUGCGCCUGCGCCUCAUGUCCCACCUGCAGUACUUUGUGCAGCAGCGCGAGUUGUCGGCCAAGAGUUGCGCUAGUCCCGCCGGCUGGCCAACAGCCACUCCGAGUUCCUCUGGCUAUCAGCCGAACUGUGCAGCGACUCCCUAUCAGAGCUAUGCGGCGGGUGCGAAUCCGGGUGCUUAUGUCUCCAGUUAUCCCACACUGAGUGCUUCACCCUCGCAGCAGGCACAGCAACUUGGCGGAAGGACCAGUGUCUCCCGGACAAGUGGAGGUGAAUCUCUGCCCACCCAUGAUCUUCACUCCGAAAGCAGCAACCAACAGCAGCAACAGCAACAGCAGCAACAGCAGCAGCAGCAACAGCAACAACAGCAGCAACAACAGCAGCACCAGCAGCAACAACAACACCAACAGCAACAGCAAAGGAGCCAAACAACACCUCAAUCGCCACAACAGCAACACUAUACCCACGAUCACAGCGUUGUGCAUCCCGAGCAACAGCAGAUACCCACCUAUAUCGAGCUGACCAACAGCAAUCGUCCAGCGGCCGUGGGUUCCGAGGGUCUCAGCUACAGUGCCGCUCCUCAGUAUCCAGGGAGCGGGGGUCAGGACUACAACAAUUCCAGCGUCCUGCAAUAUGCCACGCCCAACGGAGCCAAACCCUAUCGACCCUGGGGCGCCGAGAUGGCCUACUAGUCGGAUAUGCCGUGAACAGUGAGAUGGGAAAUCAGGACAGGAUCUCUAGUCAGAGGAAAACAAGUGUGAUAGUCUUAAGUUUCGCAAACCAUGCAGUGAGAUUACCUACCCUAAGCAUUUGCAUUUAAUUUAUUCUUUAACAUUAGUUUUAUGAACCUUUUGUGAGUCUAUUGUAAAUAAACGCAUUUCUGUAUAAGUAAUAA